UCCGUGGCGGGGCUGGCGGGGGAGGGCGAGGGCGACCGCGAUGACAUCCUGCAGGAGGCAGCCAAGCGCAUGUCGCUGGCCGCGCCGCUGGCCGAGCGUCAACAGGACCGCGACACCCUGGGCGUCGGGCCGCACGCCGGGCGCGGCCACGCCAACAAGGUGCUGCAGGACGGCAUCCUGAAGGAGAAGGUGCAGCUGCAGGAGCUGACCCGCAAGACGUGGCAGCGGAAGUGGGGCUUCCUGGCCGACCAGGAGCAGGCCUUCAAGCAGGAGGCCGCGGCCGCCGACGUGGACCAUCGGCGGGUCGGGCUGCGGGCCGAGCCGCGGACGCUCAAGCUGGUCGACGCCGUGCUGCCCUCGCCGCCCAUCCCCAGACUCAGCUCGGGGCUGGUGGGGUGGCGGUCCUCGCAGCCGGAACUGACCCUGGAGCGUGUGGGCGCGCUCUACAAGUCGCCGCUGCGGACGAUCGACCCCCCAGAGGCGCCCGGCGACGUCCCCCGGACCAGACAGUCGUUCAUCUUCUUGGGGUAGUCUAGUCGGCGUCCGGCGCGGGGGCGCGGCGGCGCGGGGGUGGCCUCCACACCAAGCGAAAAGAAUCGUCGUCCGUAAAUACCCCACUCUGGGCGACGCAGACUGCAGACGCUACCCGCGGCGCGGCCAUUUCGUCGCGGAGUAUGGCCACGCCGGGCCUGGCCGGGCCGCCCCAGAGAGGGCCGCCAUUUCGUCGGAGCAGCGAAGCCGAGCGAAGCAGCCCCUCGCUGCUACUUUCAAAUUUAUGUCUGCCGUCUGAGUCAUUUCUACUGUGUUCUCUUUUACUAGUGUGUUUGUCAGUGGACACUUUUUUUAUGCACUUUGGUUGAGACAGGGCGGGAACCAUAUUAGCUUUUAGACACAUUUUGAUAGAAUAAGAUUUUAUUGUCACAGCAAUACUUGUUUGGAUUCAUUUCGCCUUCGA